UGACGACCAGAAGGAUGCAGGGCCUGGGGUAUCAGCGCCCCUGGCUCGGGGUGACGAUGGGGGCCGCGGGAGGGCAGCCCCACAUGUGGUCACUGUCCUCGGGCCACUGGAUUUAACUGCCAGGGCGGGUGCCAAGGUGUCCCCGUGCGUCCCCUCCCCUCCCUGGAGGAAGAGGCUGGCAGAGGGAGCUCAGCAGCGUGUCCCUGGACCAUUGGGCCUGUGCCUGUGUUCCUGGGGCUGCCUCAUGCAGUGGGUAAUUGGAGGGCAGGUGUGGCUGGCAGAUGGAGGCCGGGGCGGGGUCCCCAGGGUGUGACCCUUCAUGUGGCUGCAGUUUGGGGGUGACCUGCCGUCUGGGUGGCAGCGCCGGGGGCAGUGGCCUGCUGUCAGCUCUGGCCGAUGGUGGCUGGGCAUCCGUAGGUGCGCCUGAGGGCUGUGGAGGGCAGAGACAGCUCCGGGGUCUGUCCUGGGGAGGCCUGAUGGCCCUGCCUCAUGGGGCCUGGCGAGCGCACCCCCCCAGGGCUGCACAUGUGGGGCCAGGGUGGUUGCGGGGGUGUGUGAGGCCCCAGGGAUGCUGUUGGGGGGCAGCUGGGCUGAAGAAACGGCAAGCACAGCCUGAGGUCCGCAGCCCUGGGUGGGUGCUGUGGGGGGGUGGUGCCUUGUGUACUGUCUCCAGCUCAGGUCUCAAGCCCCUCAGUGUGGCUCAGGGCUCAUAGUGGCAGCGUGUGAGAGGGGCUCGGGGCAUUAGUGGGCACUCACCGCCUGGCAGCAGUGGCCUGUCCAGUGAUCUCACAGAUUGGGGGGCCUGUUGGCCCCCAUGACCAGUGUGCCCAGUGACUUUGCUUGUAGCCGGACAUGGUGGCUACGCUUCUCUGCCGGGACAGUCAGUGGCAGGAGUGUGUCUAGUCAGUCAGUGGACCGCCCCCCCACCACCACGUGAGGAUGCUGCUCUCCAGCCGGCUGAGCCCGACAUGGUCUGGGUGGGCCUGUAGCCUGGGUGGGGGUUAACAGAGAGAGAGGAAGGUGUGUCUCCAGGGGGGCUGGGUGUCCACAAAGGAGCCACAGGGCUCUGUGGUUGGGGCAUCCACGAUGCCCAGCAGAGCAGUGUCCAGGAUGGGGAGCAGCACCUCACAGCCCAAAACCAGGCCAGCAGGCUCAGUAGGCAGUGCCAGGCAGUGAGUCUGGUACAGAUGAGGGCAGGACCUGGACCACAGGGGCCACGGCGCCCAGGAGGCCCAGCCAUGUCUGCUGUCCCAAGCCCCCUGGGGCAAGGCCCAUUCAGCCCCUCAGCCCACUGACCCCAGGGAGCCGACCCCAGGCAGGGUCAAGGUGCCAACAGACGGUGGUCUGGCCACAGUGGCCAGGAGGGCAAAGCAUCUGGCACAGGGCUGGGUGCUGGCGUGUGCAAAGCUUUGGGCACCUCCCUGGCGGGUGAGAGGCCUCCCCUUCAUCCGCCCCCUCAGUCUCUGAGUGCACCCUUCCCCCUGCUCUGUGCCCGGGGCCACAGUGACAGUGAGGGCGAGGGCCUCACAGCCAUGAGGUUGUGCUGGAUCAUAUAGCAGCACAGAGGACACUGCUGAUGGGCUCCAGCCUCCUCCCUCCUCACCCUCUCCAGGGGACACUAAGGGAGAGACACCCAACUCUUCUCCACUACCUGCAGAGUGCCCCCCACGGGCACUGGCCGUGGGCCCCGGGUCCCAUGCAGAGUCUCCUACUGCAGCGUGUGUGCUGUGCCUGUGAGCUCACUCCUGGUUCCAGCGCUGUAUUUUCCUGACAGUGGGGCUUCACUGCUCCAGGCUGACUUUUUCAUCUUGAGUGAGAGAGAGAGAGACUGAGAGACUGGAGCUGCCUUCAGUGUAUGUGGGGCCAGCCUUGGGACCAGGCUUGAACCCAGGCUGUGCAUGUGGCAAAGCAGUGCACUACCAAGGGGGGGCUGUCCUCUCCUUUUUAAGUCUUUCUUUUUAAAAUUUUUUCUUUUUAAAUUUUUUUAAAAAAUUAUCUUUAUUUAUUGGACAGAGAAAGCCAGAAAUUGAGAGGGAAGGGGGGGAUAAAGAGGGAGACAGAUACCUGCAGUCCUACUUUACUGCUUGUGAGGCUUCCCCUUGCAGGUGAGGAUCAGGGGCUUGAACCCAGGUCCUUGAGCACUGUAGUGUGUGCUUCACCAGGUGUGCCACCGUCUGGCCCCCAAGUCUUUCUUUUUUAAAAUGAGAGACAGCCUUGCUCUCACACAAGACGCUGGGAGUUGAACCUGGGUCUCAGGCUUGAAGUCCUGUGCUCUACUGCAGCCCCCAGAGAUAGCCACAUCUCCUGGUGACACUGAAAUGGCAGGAGCCCUGGGAAGGGAGUGCAUGCAGGCAUCACCUACUCUGCCUGGGGCGCCCAGCGAAGGGCCUUUCUCUCGUCCUGACUCACAUUCAGAGCUGCUGCCGAGAACUGUCUCUGGUCCUGGGUGUCCGGUUGACCAGACCCUCCCUGAGAACUGCACCCUUACUGCCAGGGUGUCCCCCAGGGGGGAAGGGCCCCUGCAAGGUGGAUGGACGGCCUCUGGGAAGGACGCUGUGUGGGCCUAGCCCAUCCAGACAGUCCACCCUGCGAAGCUAGCCUUAGGUCACACUGUCCAGAGGAGGGGCUCACAGGCUCAGGUCACAUGGUGGGGGCUGGGGGUCUGCAGGCCCUAUUACACGGAGCGAGCAAGCCCCCCCUCCCCCCCCCCCCGCGUCGGAAGGCGCAGACUGUAGAGGGCCGUGGGGGCCCGGGGGACGCUCAGUGCAAACUCAGGGGCGCAGGGUCCGUAGUGGGAGACAGACCCGCCCUGGGGGGGGGCACGCACACCGGGCGGGCUGUGCCGGUAUGGGGGCUGGGACCCAGGCGUACCCCACUUGCCGCGGUCGCCUGCGGGGACUACAACUCCCGGCAGGCGCCGCGCGGCACGCAGCCGUCGGGAUCCGUGUGCGUGACGUGCGUGCCGCCGUUCUCGAACGUCGCGGCCGGGUCCGGGCGCCAUGUUGCGGCCGAGGGGUCGACUGAGCGGCGCUUGAAGCAGCGGCGGCGGAGGCGGCGGCCGAGCGGAGCGCUGCUGAGCGGCGCAGCGGGCAGCCCGGGGCGGUCGGGGCCCCGCGUCGGGCCCCGCGGAUGAAGCCCCAGGCGGCGCCGGUGGCGGGGGGCGCGGCGGCGGGGGCGCGGCGCUAGGCGGCAUCCCCGGGCGGGCAGGAUGCCGUUGGCCGUGGCGGCGCCCGCGCCCCGGCGCCUGGGCAUCUCUGCGCCCAUCAGCGCGGCGCCGCCCCGCGACACGGACCGCGCGCUGACGCAGAAGCUGGUGGAGACGCUGGCGCCCUUCGGCGUGUUCGAGGAGGAGGCGGAGCGGCAGCGGCGUGCGCGCAUCGUGGCGGAGCUCGAGCGCCUGGUGAAGGAGUGGAUCCGCGAGCUGAGCGCCGCCAAGGGGCUGCCUGCCGCGCUGCGCGAGCGCGUGGGCGGCCGCGUCUUCACCUUCGGCUCGUACCGCCUGGGCGUGCACACGCGCGGAGCCGACAUGGACGCGCUGUGCGUGGCGCCGCGCCACGUGGACCGCAGCGACUUCUUCGCCUCCUUCUACCACAAGCUGCGGCGGCACGGCGGCGUGCGCCACCUGCGCGCCGUGGAGGAGGCCUUCGUGCCGGUCAUCAAGCUGUGCCUGGACGGCGUGGAGAUCGACGUGCUGUUCGCGCGCCUGGCGCUGCAGACCAUCCCCGACGACCUGGACCUGCGCGACGACAGCCUGCUGGCCAACCUGGACAUCCGCUGCAUCCGCAGCCUCAAUGGCUGCCGCGUGACAGACGAGAUCCUGCACCUGGUGCCCGACCUGGACAGCUUCCGCCUGACGCUGCGCGCCGUGCGCCUGUGGGCCCAGCGCCGCAACAUCUACUCCAACAUCCUGGGCUUCCUGGGCGGCGUGUCCUGGGCCAUGCUGGUGGCGCGCACCUGCCAGCUCUACCCCAACGCCGUGGCCGCCACGCUGGUGCGCAAGUUCUUCCUGGUCUUCUCCGAGUGGGAGUGGCCCAACCCCGUGCUGCUCAAGGAGCCCGAGCAGCGCGACCUCAACCUGCCGGUGUGGGACCCACGCGUCAACCCCAGCGACCGCCACCACCUGAUGCCCAUCAUCACGCCGGCCUACCCGCAGCAGAAUUCCACUUACAACGUGUCGGCCUCCACGCGGCGCGUCAUGGUGGAGGAGUUCAAGCAGGGCCUGGCCGUGACGCACGAGAUCCUGCUGAGCAAGGCCGAGUGGUCCAAGCUGUUCGAGGCGCCACGCUUCUUCCAGAAGUACAAGCACUACAUCGCCCUGCUGGCCAGCGCGCCCACCGAGAAGCAGCACCUGGAAUGGGUGGGCCUGGUGGAGUCCAAGAUCCGCAUCCUGGUGGGCAGCCUGGAGAAGAACGAGUUCAUCGCGCUGGCGCACGUCAACCCGCAGUCCUUCCCCGCGCCGCCCGGCGACAGGCCCGAGCGCGACGGCUUCCGCACCGUGUGGGUCAUCGGCCUGGUGCUGCGGCGGCCGGGCGGCGCCGAGGUGCUUAGCGUCGACCUCACUGGCGACAUCCAGGCCUUCACGGACACGGUGUACCGCCAGGCCGUCAACAGCAAGAGGCUGGAGGCAGACAUGAAGCUGGCGGCGCUGCACCUGAGGAGGAGGGAGCUGCACCAGCUGCUGCCCAGGCACGUGCUGCAGCGGAGGGGCGCGCGGUCCCGCGGGGACGGCCUGAAGCUCACGGGCGACGGGGUCCGCUGCCGCCGCCGCCACCCACCCGCCGCCGCCGAGGACGGGGAGGGCGAGAUCGGCGGCCCGUCCGUGCCUUUGCCCGGCCGCUCCGGGCGCCCAGAGAGCCCCGUCCCGGCUGCUGAGGCUGAGGCUGAGGCUGAGGCUGAGACCGAGACUGAGACCCCAACCCCGGAGGGCGAUGGCCAGGCCCCCGAUGGCCCCUCGAGGGAAGCUGGCCCCGGCGGGAGAGCGGACGAGGGCACCCCUCGGCUGACCAGCCCCCCGCCACCAAAGACCCCUGUCCCCAGGGUCGUCGCUUCGGGGUCGUGUCUGGUCAGCCACCCGCCCAGGCCUUCAGGGAGCUCGCUGCCGAGCAUGGCGAACCCCCUCAUGGGAGUGUAGGGGCCCUGGCCUCGGCAGGUGGGUGUGGGGGGUGUGCGGCGCGUGGAGUGGGGGGGGGAGGGCCAGGAGCCGGCACCGCCAACCCGCACUCCGCUGCGGCUUCUCAGCCUUGCACACCCUCCUGCUGCCUGCUGCCUGCAGAGCCACCCCGAAACCCCACCCCGCACCCCCGCCGAGAGUUCAGGACAGACUGAACCCAAACGAGCGCAGCCCAGCCUUGAGGGUCUGUGCACCGAGUCCCCCGACUCUGCUCCCUUCAGGGGUGCAAGGGGAGGCUGACUCGGGUCCGAGCCAGCUCGUGUCUCUGCUGGGUGACCUUGAUCAGACGUCCAGGUCUGUAAAGCUGGAGACUGCCAGUCAGCCACUGCGGUCUGCGCUCUGGGAGGCGCCCCCCCAGCCCCUGGAGAAGCCCCUUGGUGGGUGUGUCUUGGCCAUUGCUGGGUCUACAGCACAGACUGGCCUCCGCUCCACCCCACGUGCACUUUAUGUCUGCUUUUCCUAGAACGCAGAGCUCACCUGAGAUUUUUCAGCUUGGUGAGUUUUCGGGAUAUUUUUCCCCAGGAAGGUUUUUUUCUCCCCGUCCCCCUUGGGAUUGGAUCCUGGGGUGCUGUGGGGUGCCAGCCUUCAGCCCACCUAGCUCAGUCCCCAUGGGGAGGCGCUCCCAGGGUGUGCGCUCGUCGAGACCACUGCGGGAAGGUCUCUGCCGGGCGAGCCGGCUUCAUCCUGGGCUGGAGGAUGGAAGGCCGCUCUGUCCUGGUGAGCAAGGCUCCGUGCUCUCUAGUCCUCAGUCCUCUGCCCUAAGGCUAGUGGUUUGCGGCCCCGGCCCCUCUGCUUGUGCGCACGCCCUGUGCCCGUCCGAACCCCAGAGCUCCUGUUUUCUUUGCGGUGACAUGAGACCAGCAGUCCUGUGGCCGCCCACCGUCAAGUGCCAACUUCUGUUUCUGUUUCCGUGCUGCUGUCCUGCUGACCCGCGGGCCUUGCUGUGCCAGGAUCUGCCCUCAUCCCUGCAGGAGGCGUCUCCUCCAAGGGUUGUCAGCCCAUCUUUGUUUUUAAACAGCUCCCUAAAACUCCUCGGUUUACACGGAGAACCAUAGCGCGGCAAUUUCUCGUGAGCACGCGGUCUCUAGUCCGCCCCGUCGCUGGUUUCUCUCACCAAACAGUCAGGAAAACCUUUUUUAAAGACCCCUUGUGACCAAGUCGGGUGUCCCUGUGAUGAGUGCCGGGCCUCCGUCCUCACCCGAGCUCAGGCCCCACACACACACACACCCCGCCGCCAGCGCCACCUAUUUGCAGGUCGGGGACAGUUAGCCUAAGCGUCUCGUGUAGCUGUACUUAUUUGGGCCAAGCUGGCCACCUGGAGCUCGAAUGGUUUCCGCCCCUGGAUAUCGGACUGUCCCCCGCGUGCUGUAUGUAGCGUCUCGUGACUGGACUUGGCUUUGCUCCCCGGUCUCUGUAUUUCCUGUAUUUUUCAAAUGCUGUUUGGGAAACAGAUGAUGUAUUUCUCCAUUAAAACACAAUAAACAGCAAAUCAGCGAGCA